AUGUGUGUGCUCCUAUUAAUGGAUAACCAGGAUCUAUUUUUACCCGUAUUUUGGGACAGAAGACUCAGCCCGGUGUCGCGACCUGAAAACCGACGCUCAGUGUCAGUGGGCGCCACUGGGACAGGCUUAGAAAGGCACUCGUAUGCCGAAGGUCGAGUCCCAGCGCCGCAUGGGCCACCGCCUUCACCGGGUGCAGUGGCGGCACAGCGAAAAGUCGAAGCAGCCUGCCAGGCUAGCAGGAAACUGCUCGAGGAGAUCCUUGCUAAACCUGGAACCCCACCGACGAUAGUUCUUCCGCCUGGCGGCGGUUACUGGGUAGAUGGAGUGGACGAUAUCCCCCCUGAUGGCGAGGAGAGCGAGCCCAGAGCCCAGCCGGGCACACCCAGGCAGACGUCCAGACGGCACAACAUCGACACCGACGACACCGCCAAGUAUUACAGGCGAUUCUUCCUGGGCAAGGAGCACAUGAACUUGGUUGGGUUCGACGAGAACCAAAGCCCGGUGGUAAUGUCCCUCAAAAAUGAACACAUGGCGGGCCAGGAUCAUACAAGAAUAUUAUUAAGGCUACGUACGGAGACCAUGCAUGGUCUAAUCCCUACCACUAGGUCAGGCAUAACACCAUCACCUGCAAGAAUGGCUAAGAUGCUGAACGAACAAGUUAACGUGGACAACUUCAUGGCGGUAACGUGUUUAAACGCGUCGCCCCUUAUAGCGACGUACGACGAACACGUGCUGGUGAACAACUUCAAAUUCGGAGUACUGUACCAGAAGUAUGGACAGACCACAGAGGAGGAAUUGUUUGGGAACAAUGAAACGUCACCCGUUUUCGAUGAGUUCCUCGAGAUGUUAGGACAGCGGAUCAAGUUGAAAGAUCAUAAAGGUUACCGCGGCGGGUUGGACAUAAUGAACGGGCACACAGGAACGGAGGCGGUGUAUGAGCGGUAUAUGGAGCGCGAGAUCAUGUUCCACGUGGCGCCGCUACUGCCGCACACCGCCGGAGACGCGCAGCAGCUGCAGCGCAAGCGCCACGUCGGCAACGACAUCGUCGCGAUCGUCUUCCAGUCGUUUUGUAGCAACGACAUCGUCGCGAUCGUCUUCCAGGAAAAGGCGACACCCUUCACGCCUGACAUGAUUGCUUCUCACUUUCUUCAUGCUUUCAUUGUGGUUACGCCCAUGGAGACGAUCGGCGGGGAGACCAGGUACAAAGUGGCCGUCACCGCGCGUGAGGACGUACCAUUUUUCGGGCCGACUCUCCCCCAGCCGUCCGUGUUCAGCAAGGGGCGCGAACUCAAAGAAUUUCUCCUUACGAAACUCAUUAACGCCGAGAACGCCUGCUACAAAGCCGCAAAAUUCGCCCAACUAGAACUGAGGACACGAGCAUCGUUAUUGCAGAACUUAGCUGAGGAGUUGAAGAGCAAAACUAUAGAGUUUCUUGGUACGGGAGUCAGAAUUGAGCCUGUAGCAGUGUCACCGCAGCCGGAGGGAACGCCAAAACAAGAUGGCCCUGGAGCCAGGUUCAUAGACACUGUAAAGAAGGCUCUAAUAUACAAAGUCAGAUCUCCAAGCGACCCGUCAGGUGACAACAUGAAAAAUUCUCUCAACAAGAAAAUCAGUAUACACGAGACACCCACUCCUAAUAGCGGGCGGUCGAAGACGUCGGUGGCGUCGUCGACGGCGUCGGCAGUGUCGGUGCGGUCGGCGGGCGGCUCGGGCGGCUCCAGCCCCGACGUCACGUCGCGCGCCGCGCCGCCGCGCCCGCAAGACCACAGCGACGACUCCAGCCUCAACUCCGUCGACCUCGACCCACUCGACGACAAGGACUGGCUGAGUUGUGGCAAAGGCGCAACAGGUACGCCAGUAUACGUGGACAGCGACACGGGACUGGAGUCGAUGUCGUCAGCGGAAGCGGGCGCGGCGCGGGGCGAGGUCGCGGCCGCGACACGAGGCGACGCCGAGCUGCUGCGGCAAGAGGUGUGCCGCCUCAAGAACGACAAGUUGGACCUACUCAAGCAAAACAUUACUUGGCAAAACGAAAUAAAAUGCUUACGAGAGAGGGAGAUAAAACUGCAAGCAGACCUAUCUGCUUUAUCUAAGGAAGUGAGGAAACUUCGAGAACAACAAGCUACCAGCACUCUUAUUCCCAAUCCUUCGUCGCAUGACUCGACCGCUUAA